AUGGGUCGUUCUAACGAGCUGUUGGAGGAGGACAGGCUUAUAGGGGAAAGUUCAUAUGAACAUGAUAUUGAGAAGACUUAUCUUCGGCCGGCCAAGUUCUAUGAACGCUGGACUAUUGAUGUAUGGACCAGUGGACUUUGUGUCCUGUUAAUAUUUACCAAUCUCGCGUGGUACUGGCAUUUCGUGACGGUGGACUUAGCCUUUGACACUGAACAAAAGAGUUUCCUUUGGAACGAUGAAUGGAUGGGAAAGUCGUUCGCUCAUGACUGGCUUCAUCUCCUUGACGAGGAGAAUGGAACCUACUCGCAUUACGCCGACCGAGAGUGGCGCGACCUGCUUCCCCCCGGUGAGGGGGUUGUCUCGGUCAGUCGGUCCUUUGCAAAAGCUCACAACGUACCCGAAGCAGCUCCAUCGCCCGAAAGGCAAGGGGAGAUGAUUUACAUGAUUGCAAGCUAUCAUCAAUUGUCCUGCCUCAAGGACGUCAGAGAAACAAUCUACAAACUAAACGGAACCUCGGGUGAUAACGAGCCCAUCCAAUGGGAUCACGCUCUCCACUGCCUCGAGGCAGUAAGGCAGGGGUUGGCCUGUUUCCUCGAUACGACUCUCAUCGACCUCACUCAGCAUUGGCCGGGGAUUCCGAACGGCCAGCAGCAUAAAUGCCGAAAUGCAGACAAGAUGUAUCGUUGGGCGGCGGAAAGACAGCACGCUAUGCCUGUCGACCCGGACAUCAGAUUGAGUCUGACGAACGUCGUUACUUUGCCUACGAAACAUGGCCACGGCCCGGCAAAGGAAGUUACUUAA